AGGAGGGGGAGAGGGAGAGGUGGGGGUGAGAGAGGAGGUGACUCUCCGGCAGCAUUUAGACACAACGAAAGGAUCAUGGCGGAUGGCCCCAGGUGUAAGCGCAGAAAGCAGGCGAACCCGAAGAGGACCAACGUGACUACCUACAACAAUGUGGUGGAGGCCGGCUCAGACUCAGAUGACGAGGACAAGCUGCACAUCGUGGAGGAGGAAGGCAGCCUGGCGGACGGGGCCGACUGCGAAAGCACUCUGCCAGACGAUGAGCACCCCAGGGAGCACUGCUGGGACCGAGUGAAAGAGGAUUGUGUUUCGGAUGGCGAGGAUGACGUGAGCACAGACGCCCUGGUGGAGGAGAUGCUCCAGCAAGGAGACACAGCCGUCAUCUACCCCGAGGCCCCGGACGACGAGCCUCAACGCCAGGGCACCCCCGAUGCCAGCGUCCACGACGAGAAUGGGACUCCUGAUUCGUUCUCUCAUCUGCUCACCUGCCCGUACUGUUCGCGGGGGUACAAGCGUUACAGCUCCCUGAAGGAGCACAUCAAGUACCGGCACGAGAAGACCGAAGAGAGCUUCAACUGCCCCGAGUGCAGCUACAGCUUUGCAUACCGCGCUCAACUGGAGAGGCACAUGACGGUUCACAAGAGCGGACGGGAUCAGAGACACAUCACACAGUCGGGAGGCAAUCGUAAAUUCAAGUGCACUGAAUGUGGCAAAGCAUUUAAAUACAAGCACCAUCUGAAGGAGCACCUACGCAUUCACAGUGGAGAGAAACCCUACGAGUGCUCCAACUGCAAGAAGCGAUUCUCCCACUCGGGCUCGUACAGCUCCCACAUCAGUAGUAAGAAGUGCAUCAGUGUCAUCUCAAUUAACGGCCGGCCGCGCUUGGGGAACUCCAAAACUCCGAGCCAGGGUCCGUCCCCGGUGCUGCCCACGCCGCCCUCAGCCCUCCGCACCCAGAUUAGGGAGAAGCUGGAGCACAGUAAACCUCUGCAGGAGCAGCUGCCCCUCAACCAGAUCAAGACUGAGCCUGUGGACUACGAGUACAAACCAACGUUGAUAACGUCCCCAACUGUCACCGCCAUGAACGGUGGGGUUUUCAAUGGAGGUGGCACGGUGCAAGCUGUGGUCCUGCCCACUGUGGGGCUGGUGUCACCCAUUAGCAUCAAUCUGGCAGACCUGCAGAACGCUCUCAAAGUGGCGGUAGACGGCAACGUCAUUCGCCAGGUGCUGGAAAACAACGUCAAAGGCCAGGUGAACUCGGGGCUAACCACUGGAACGAUCCACUCCCCACAGCAACAACUCAUCUCAGCCAUCAGUCUGCCUAUUGUGGGUCAGGAUGGAAAUGCAAAAAUCAUUAUAAACUACAGUUUGGACCCCAACCAGGGCCAACUCACAGCUCACAACCUGAAGAAAGAGCCAGAGUCAAUGUCUCAGACCACCACAGACCUUUUCAAGUCCCAGAAACUACCAGAAGAUCUCACUAUCAGAGGCAGCAGGGCUGACGACAUGAAAGAAAAAGAGGAAAAGACCACUAAAACCUGUCUCCUGUGUGAUAAUUGUCCAGGCGGGCUGGAGGCACUCCAUGCCCUCAAGCACUGCAAAAAGGAGGGUCUUAGGCUGAACGGAGAGACCCUGGAUAAGUCUGAGUCAGCUGUUGCUGCCCUGCUGUCAGAGGGAGGGCUCUGCAGCCAGCCAAAGAACCUCUUGUCCCUGCUCAAGGCCUACUUUGCCUUAAAUGCAGAGCCCACAAAGGACGAGCUGGCCAAGAUCUCUGACUCAGUCAGUCUGCCAAUCCACGUAGUAAAGACGUGGUUUGACAAAAUGCAGGAGGGCCAGAUAUCAUUGGGUGCCCCGACACCUCCAUCAGAGGAAGAGGACACCUUUGAAGCUAACAGCGUGGUGUCUCUGGUCCCAGGGAAGGAUGCAGCCACUAUCAGCCCUUCUGUGGCCCAGGACAGCCCUACAGAAGCGACCCCAGCAGAGGUCAAUGGUGCUCACAGCUCACCGGCCUCUCCCUCACCACUAAACCUGACAGCUGGCGGACCCGUCCCAGCACAUCUUCCCCAAAGCACUGAGGGACCCCUAGACUUGUCGCUGCCAAAGUUGACCAGAGAGGAAGCGGAGAAAGUGGUGUCUAAAGCCCACCUUUAUCCGACCCCUCCCUCUGGCUCUACCAAUGCGGAUGAACCCCUAAACUUAACUUGCACAAAGAAAGAGACAUUGCCACUCUCAGCCAUGGGCGCCAGCCCCGUCGCACUGUACGCCAGCCAUCAAAGUGCCAAACCCCUCGACAUUGUGACCACAAUGCAAUGCCUAAGAGCACUAGCCACCAACAACAAACAGACUAUCCUGAUCCCUCAGCUGGCGUACACCUAUGCCACUACUGCAAACAGCCCUGCAGGGACAGAGACGCACGAAAUGCUCCACCUCAACGGAAUCAAGGAGGAGCGGCAGGACACAGGCUUGGAAGGCGUCUCAAACAUGGAGGAGCAGAAUGACUCUGACUCGGGUCCUCUGAGGAAGAAGAUGAAGAAGACCGAAAGCGGCAUGUACCACUGCGACCUGUGCGACAAGAUCUUCCAGAAGAGCAGCUCGUUGCUGAGACACAAAUACGAACACACAGGGAAGCGUCCUCACGAGUGCGGCAUCUGCAGCAAGGCCUUCAAACACAAACACCACUUGAUCGAACACAUGCGACUCCACUCGGGGGAGAAACCCUACCAGUGCGACAAGUGCGGCAAGCGCUUCUCUCACUCCGGCUCCUACUCCCAGCACAUGAACCACCGCUACUCCUACUGCAAGAAGGAGACGCAGAACCAAGCGGGGGGGCGGGAGAGCCCAGAGGAGGAUGGAGAGGCCCCCAACGAUAUGGAGGUCCUGAGGCAGGCACAGAUCCAGCACCUGGUCCCCUCUCAGUUGGACUCGGACGAGCGAGGGAGCAGCACCAGAGAGGACGAGGAGAGCGAGGAGGAGGAGGAGGAAGAGGAAGGCGUGGUGAACAUGGAUGAUAUCCAGGUGGUGCAGAUAGGGGAUGAGGCAGGAGAUGAGGAGGUGGAGGAGGAAGAACGAGACGAGAGGAAUGAGGAGGUGAUGAAGAGAGUGGUGGAGAGGGAAGGGACGGGGGAGAAGACUGAGGUUAAUGAGAAAGAGGAGGCUGACACACGACAGGAAGAAGAGCGCGGGAGUGUUCAGGCCGAGGACGAAGUCAACGCGGAGGAAGAGGAGGAGGCAAUGGAAACAGAAGGAGGGGUGACAGAAGAGGCAAAGGAGGAGGUCACAGAGGAGGGCGGAGGAGAAACAAACACAGCUUCUGAAGACGAGAACCAGACACCGCAGGAAAAAGGAGACACUGACUGAAAGAGGAACCAGACUCCUCCAUGAGACACAAUCAGACUCCUCCUCCACGUAGAGGAGGAACGCAAGAGCUGAAGUCUGGUCGCUCCGACAGUUCCUUUCAGUUCACUACUGUGUACAAAUCCAGGUGUGCCUGAAAAAAAAAAUCAAAAAUACUAGUGACUUUUCCACAGGAGAGUGAAUUCUCUGUUAGAAGAAUCCAUUUGUAAAGAACAAGAUGAAGACGGACGUGAAUUUUAACAAACGAAGGAAAUGCAUUAUACAGACUUUGGAAGCUAGAGCCGACACGUUUUAGAUAAUGUUUUAUUACUAAAACACCUUGGGUCAUUUGUUUUUAUCAGUGUUACUAAUUUUAUCACUCAUAUUUUAACCUUUAAAAGCUGUACAGUUGGGAGAUAUUUCUAUAUCUUUUUAUUGCCAAUGAACAAAAAAAAGAAAGAAAUAAAAAGUCAGUAUUUUGUUAAGUUGGAAGGAAAAUAAGAAAAAUCCUGUGCACUACAAGUGGCUUGGUUUACCUAUGGAUUGAGCAGUUGUGUUGUCUACCCUUCAGUAUUACCGCGCUAUAUACCACGCCAUCAUGCUGGCAGAUGUUAGCAUUACAGCUAUGUUGUUUGUGUCAUUUUGAUUGGAUUGUGAGCCUUAAGAGGAAAAAACACACAGAGAGCCGACAGAUCUCACUAAUGCCGUACCAAUCAGUGUUUAUUAUUAGGAAUCACUUGACAGUUUGGGAAACUCACUUUCUUGAAAGAUCCAAUCCCAAACUCAAGUCAGUAUUCUUAGCCGGUUAGCAUAGCUGGAGCAGGACGUCGGCUAAACAUACAGCUAACAAGAACAAAAAAGCUCCACUAAUGCUCAUAUAAGUAAGAUGUUACGCCUAUGUUUGUUCAGUCUGUACUCUAAUAGUUUGGCACAUAACCCCACCCCCUCCCCUGCCUCUACAGACUAAAAAAAAAAGCCACUUCCUGUCUCCAAAAUCUCUGCUAAGCUAAGCUAAUGUGCGGUUGUAAAACAAAAGAAGGACGUGAAUGAGCCAGAAUGUCAAACUUUACGCUUUAAAUGUUCAGAGCUGACAGAAAGGGGACAUAGAAAGCUGUGUGAUCCUUCCUUUACCCACGUACCCCCCUUCCACUCAGAGCCUUAUGCAAAAAUGAUAAUGAAAAAAAAAAUCAAACUAAACAAGACAAGCAUGCAUAUCAAAAGUGCCAUUGAAUACUGCUGCUGAAGCUCAGCAGCUAUGAUCAGGUAUUGCCGGGUCCCAGAUCAAACAAUAAUACCGGAAUACUGUUGACCUUGACUGGCCCCCACGCUCGCCGCCACCCCGAGAGAGUAGAUUUAGCCAUGUGUCAUAGAUUUUAGAUUUCAUUUCUAACCUGAGCAACUAAAGAAAUCCCGAUGCACACUUUAUGUUUUUAAAUCUUCAAAUGGAUGAUGAAGUCUGGUUUGUUCUCGUUAACUAUGUCCUGCCUUCUCAAAGCUCAUUCAGUGCACUUGCUUAACUUAACACACCAUAAAACGCUCAGACGUCUCUUCAGGUAACAAAAUGUAGGCAAAUCCCAGGAGUUUAAUUCAACAACGUUUUACCUGUCAGUAUUAUUAUUUUUUUUUUUUUUGUCUCUUAUGUUGUGUUAUGUUCCGUUUCCGUGUGUGUACUGUGUGUUUCCAAGCAAUGGCAGUAUUACCCCCACCCCAACCUCGAGAUGGGUGUCGUCUGUUUAGUCAUAGAGAACUUUUAUAUUUAUGUGUCUUAUUUUUUAUAUUUCUUUAUGGUUAUUUAUUACACUAUGUAGUGUACAAUACUGUAGUUUGUAUUAAUACGAUAAUAUAUUUUAGUAUGGGAAGAAAAAAAGAGAAAAAUUUCAAAAAGAGGCUAAGUAACUACUAGCCUGGAAAAAUAAGACUCCGGCAUACUGAAGUAUGUUUUACAAACUAAUGAAACAAUGUUUUUCUUCAAGGAAAUGAAAAAAUAUAUUAAAAGAGAGAAACUCGAACCCUGCAAGCCUGAAAAUUGGAACCUGUGACCUCUCUGCAUCCAUUCUCAUGUUAGUUUUCUUUCCCCUCUCUUAAUACGAAGCUACUGAACUACUUUUUGAAAACUAAUUGUAUGUCUAAUAGCAUGAGUGUGUGCUGUUGUAUUGAAGGAUGAUCCUUAACCACCACAAAUUGUCCUUGUGUUUUUUGUUCUUUUUUUUUUGCCAAGCCAAAAUAAUAUUGACGUAUGUCCGUUUAUGUUUUUAUUUGUGCCAAUUUGUUACUUUAUAUGUCAGUGUCACAACCACGCCCACUUUUAUAUGCCCCUCCCCAUUUAACACCCCAUCCUCCAUCUUUUUUUUAUAGUGAUUGUUUUUUUGUUUUGUUUUGUUUUUUUUUGUUCAUUUUUUAUGACUCCCCAUCUCACAAUAAAAUACAUCAAUUACAACUUG